CGCAGAAAAAAUGGUUUGUGGAAAUGAACUUCCUCAGUAAAACCAAAAAAAGAAUCAUUACAAAACAUUCCAGCUUACCUAGUUACUCAACAGGAAGAAAGAAAAUGCUUUGUGGUACAUUCAAUAACUUGACCACUUUCUACCUGAAGUUGUAUUGUAAGUAUGAAAUUCAUUGUUCAAUUCGUCCAACAGAGCAAAGGCUGACAGUCAAGCAGCUUCAAGAUGCACUGUAUUAUUUUUCGGUUGGGGCUCAAUGGAUAUGCUAUUGCUCUGUCUGGAAUGUUCCACAGUAUGACAUUAAAUUCUAUUUUACUUUCAUUAUUCAAUUACUGGUGAUGUUAUAGCUCAAAAAAUACCCAGAAAAACAACCAUUCUGACUGAGUGGAGUGGAGAUCUGACCUGUCAUCUGGUUUGGUCUCCAAAUAUUAGAAAGGUUUAAUAUCACACUGUGAAACAUUUCAGACAAAGCAAAAAAACAAAACAAAAAACCACUAGAAAUGUUACACAAUACACCUUUAAAUAAGGCAAAAACAGUAGCUGCGACAAGAAGAUGUGACAGUUUGAAAUGAUCAGAAUGAGUCUGCUAAUGGUGACUGAAUGGACCAAGCAUCUGGAGGUCUGGAGAAGGAGAUGGCUGAAACACAACUGAGUUUAGAGUGAAUGGAGGUACAACUGAAGGAGGAGAUGAGUUUGGAUACAACAUGAAGUCCAGAGUCCUCAACCUGUUUACUGGAUGGGCAGCACCGGCAAAUCUGCAAACUCCACCGCGAUAAAAGCAGAGAUCAAGAGGCAUGACGGACUCCAGAGCGCAAUCAACCGUCUGAACAAGCAGUUUGAGAGAGUUAGCGACGCACAGCUACGGUCAGGCCUCAAAGUCUACCUGCACAGCAUCCAAGUGAACAUCGCCAACAGCCAGGAGUGGACCCUGAGCAGAGUCGUCCCAGAGAUCCGACUGGGCGUUCUGGGCAGUCUGAAAAGUGGGAAGUCUGCGCUGGUGAACAAGUACAUCACAGGCAGUUACCAGGCUGUGGAGAGAGCAGACGGGGGCAGGUUUAAGAAGGAAGUGCUGGUGGAUGGACAGAGUCAUCUGUUAAUGAUCCGAGAGGAGCCCGGACCACCUGAUGCACAGUUCUGUGGGUGGGUGGACGCUGUGAUCCUGGUCUUCAGUCUGGAGAAUGAGGCCAGUUUUCAGGAGUUGUAUUCUCUGUAUGCUCAGCUCAGCUCUCUGCGCUCAGACUUGCCCGUCAUCGUGGUUGGCACUCAGGAUAAGAUCAGCAGCUCAAACCCUCGUGUGAUCGAGGACCAGCGGGCGCGGCAGCUCUGCAUCGACGUGCGCCACUCUCUGUUCUACGAGACCUGCGCCACCUAUGGGUUCAAUGUGGAACGAGUGUUUGCUGAAGCUGCUCAGAAGGUGGUGGCUCAGAGGAAGCAGGCUGCUCUUCAGGCCUGUAAGUCUCUGCCCAACUCGCCCAGUCACUCCGGAGGGUCUACGCCAGGCUCUGCCUCAUACCCCAGCCAGGUCAGUAACGGCCCGAGCCCUGGCUACACUUACUCCCUCCCUUCCACCCCUGUGGUCAGUCACAGAGAGCUGAGGGUGGCUCCAGGGGAGGGGGCGGGCUCUGUGUCUCGCUCACACAGAACCAUCCCCCGAAGACCCUCCCUCUUCAAGAAUCGUGACCAGGAGAAGAAAUCGGGUGACUCUAAAGGAGAAGUGAGCACGAACAGAGGAGUCCCCAUUAAACAGAGCAUUUUGUACAAGAGGAGUGGGAGCUCGCUGAACAAAGAAUGGAAGAAGAAAUAUGUGACGCUGUCCAACACUGGAACUCUGUCGUACCACUCCAGCUCCAAUGAUUAUUCUCAGAACUCUCAUGGGAAGGAGAUUGAUCUUUUGCGUGUCACUGUAAAAGUCCCCGGGAAGCGACCUCCGCGAGCUGUGGCCCCCACUGGACCCUCACCAGCUCCCCCUACUGCCCCAGGGGUCAACGGCAUCAGCAAAGAGAACAGUGCAGAGACUACAAGUACAGUCCCUCAGCUCUGUCCCAACACUCUGUCUGUGGUUGAAGAUCGCACUGGUGGGCUCUCUCCUGUAGGGGGCGAUAAAGCUCUGCAGCACUGUCCCCUGUCCCUGUCCACCAAAGCACAAAGUGUCGAUGCUCUCGAAGGCACCGCAGUCCCCUUCACCGGGAAAGAGUCGAGUCAGUCGUCUCCGAUGAGCGACCGCAAAAAGAACCGACGGAAGAAGAGUAUGACCCAGAAAGGAGACGCAGCUGUGGGGCAGGCUGAAGAUGAAGAAAACUCAGACUUCAUCAUCGUCUCUUUCACUGGUCAAACAUGGCACUUUGAGGCUCAGAGCCAAGAGGAGAGAGACUCCUGGGUCACUGCCAUCGAAAGCCAGAUCCUGGCCAGUCUGCAGUCCUGCGAGAGCGGCCGGAACAAGGCUCGGCGCAGCAGUCAGAGUGAAGCUGUGGCUCUUCAGGCCAUUCGAAACGCUAAAGGGAACGGGCUCUGUGUGGACUGUGAGGCCCCCAAUCCGACCUGGGCCAGUCUGAACCUCGGGGCCCUCAUCUGUAUUGAAUGUUCUGGGAUCCACCGUAACCUGGGCACUCACCUGUCUCGAGUCCGCUCUCUGGACCUGGAUGACUGGCCCGGGCAGCUCACACAGGUUCUGGCAGCAAUUGGGAACCACACGGCCAACAGCAUCUGGGAGAGCUGCACCCAAGGGAGAAGCAAGCCCACACCCAACGCUACACGUGAGGAGAGAGAGUCUUGGAUCCGAGCAAAGUACGAGCAGCGAGCAUUUGUGGCUCCUCUCGCACCUGUCCUGACACGGCACCUGCCAGAGGAAGCCAUGCCCCAGUGGCUCCUGUCCGCCGUGACUGACAGGGACCUCCCCAGGCUCCUGCUGCUCCUCGCCCACAGCAACAAAGAGCAGAUCAACGCUGUGCCCGGUGUAGCGCCCCCAUGUGGUACUGCCCUGCACGCCGCCUGUGCGCACGGGGACGUGGUCAUGACUCAACUGCUGGUCUGGUACGGCGUGGACGUGAGACUGAAGGACGACCAGGGACAGACACCGCUCAUGCUCGCCAGAAAAACAGGAAGCAAAAUCUGCAUGGACAUCCUGUUACAACAUGGCUGCUCCAGUGACACGCCCCCAACCACUGCCACGCCCACACUCUCACGCAGGUCGAGCACUGCGAGCCUGGGACGCACCCCCUCCAGAAAGAGGCCUUCAUAGAGUGGACCUCAUCUCCACUGGACCAGAACUUAACAUGAGAACCAUUUAAGUGUAUGAAGAAGUAGAAGAACCAUGAGACUAUGAGGAACCUUCACCAUGAGAAGAACUCUGAAACAUAUCAAACAAUGAAAGCAAUAUCCACUCACUGUCCAUGUAUUGCUUCAACUGUGUCGCUGUCUAUGACCUCAUCCAUUUCAACAUGAACUUAGAAAAGGAACUGUGUAACUGCGCUGUGCAAGUGUUAUCUACUAAUGUUUGAAAUGACUUGUAUUCUGAAAGCUGAAGCCCUGGUCAGUCCUUAUAGCAUGUUAAACUGUUUAUUUAAAGGGACUCAAUUACACAAAACUGACUCUUGUGAACUUUAAGUCAUGUUCCCUCCUCAGAAACAGACCUGGAGUUGUGUUUUGUUUCAUUCACAAACCCUUUCUUGUUAGUCUGUCUACAUCUCCAGAGCUCUAAAUGCUCUGGUCCACCUUGUGAUGUCACAAGGCGAUAGUUUUUAAAUUAACUGCUGUUUACAUUUAGUGUUGUACGUAGAGUGUUUUCUGUUUGGCUUAAAUGUGCAGAGUUUAUGUGUUAAUCAUGUGUGAAUGAAACAAAACACAGCUCCAGGUCUGUUUGUGACGCGAAAACUACAUUAGAACACAGAUCAGAAAUUAGUGCAGUAUGGGCCCUUUAAAGUAAAAUGUUUGGAUUCAAAGCAUAUUUUACACUUACUGUCACUUAGUAGGUCAUUUAGAACCAAAGCCUUUUGUCUUUAAUGCAUUUUCAUUGUCUUAUACCUUAUCACAAUAAAACUCUUUCUGCAGCUCGUCAAUGCAGAUGGUUUUAUUUUGUUAAGGAGAUGGUAUUAGUGGAGUCUACAGACACUGGAGCCUGGUUCUGGUCGAAUAAAUCGGCAAACUCAUUUUGGAUAUUGUGCUGAAGAUGUGGUAUGUGCGUGAGGAACUUUUCUGAGGUUUUGGGUUAAACACACAAAGAAACAAAGCAGAAAGCAGCGUUGCAUGUGAAAGAGCCCUGACAGCUCCUCUCUCAUCCAGCACCUGUGGCAUCAAACCUGCGCUGACAGCAGCACAGACGCCCACAUCAGCCCAGGACCACCAAAGUGUCUCUCCGCCUUAAAAACAAAAUGCACUGGUUAUCACGUUCCUAUAACUGUAACUAUCACGUUCCUAGUAAGAACUAUAUGUAGAGUAUAUUCAGAAUACAAGUCAUUUUAAGUUUCGUAGAUAUAUUUAUGCAGUGCUGUGUUUUUUUAAAGUCUGUUUCACUUCCUCCUGUAAGAAGUGCAAUAAUAAUUUAGCAACGAAGAAGAGAUUCUGUGACCGACGCCACGAGCAGAGCCACAACUGAGCUGCACUGAACACAUGAACUCCAGAGAAAAACUAUACGAAUGCUUCUAUUCAAAUAGGUUGCCUUCACUUUCUAUCAUUUCAGGCGGAGGGCAGGGUCCAGUGUCACUCUGUGGUGGAUCCACAAAUUUGCUAGAUUAAAGGCACUGUACCAGAUUUUUUCUGUCUCAAAAACAUGAAAAACAAAACUAGUUCAUUUUAAACAGUUUGCAGCGGCCCCAGUGGUUCUUCCUUUCGUACCUCGUGCAUGCACAGCAUCCUAAUGAUUCAACGACGAGUUUAUAAACGGAUUUUACAGCUUUGAAACCAGAGCGGAGUUUUGUUGUCAUGGUAAUGCUGACAACAACAGUCCUUUCUGAUUAUUGGACAGUAAAAUGCUCCAUAAUUAGAUGCUGACAGUACAAAGCUAAUUAUUUAACCUCCAAAGUUGCUUAUACAAUAUAUCUGUACAAGACACAAGACGCAUUCUGCUCAAAUACAUGGAAAACAAAUCAUGUACAGGGCCUUUAAUUUAAUGAAGUGUUCUCAUCAGCAACAGACUACACAUUUGAGAUUGAAGAAUGCUGCCUCUUUUCACAGCUGUUGUGAAAACUAUUUAACUGUACUUUAUUUCUUCUGACAGAAGAUAAUGAUCUUUGUGCCAGUUUUUGUUUCAUGUGGAUAGGCCAAGUAAUUAUAUUCAUUAGGGAAGGGUGAUUCCAGUUUUUAGAAUGGAUAUGAUACCAGGUAUGUCAGAGGUGUACGAUAUUGAUAUUGAUACCGAUACUUGAUACUGGUCUAAUCUUAAGGGUAAGUGAGUUUAACUAAAUAUAUAAUAUAUGAAGAAAUUGCCCUAAGAUUUGCAUAAUCAUUGCAAAACAGUAUCAAUACCCACAUUUGUACUCUACUGUACCGAUAUAUAUCGAUUUCAAUAAUUCACUCCUGAAUAUUCAUCAUAAACCAGGUCAACAAAUCUCCAACCUGACAGUCACACAACAGAUUCCACCACAGAGUUCUGACCUGUCUCAAGCUCUGUUUUAAUCUUAAGUCCUGUCAUUAUGUGAACGCAGCCUAUUUGUUUUCAAUGGACCAAAACUGUUAUUUUGGCUUUACAAAUAGAAUAAACGUAUACAUUAUAUUGUAUGAAAUGUGCCUGUUUUGGCCUUAAAGCUCUUACAUUUGCUGAUCUACCAUUUUGUGCUGAUUCAACUCAAAUAUAAAUGCAUUCUUUUUAGAUUAGCAAAAAUAUUGGUUUAAAACUGAUAUGUCAAUGUAAUAAUAUGGCGUUUCAAUAUAUUGUACAUGUAUCUAUGGUAUUCUACACGCUGUACUUAAUGUUACAUACAGCCUCAACUGGAAGUCCGCCUCAAGUUUUGUAAAAGAUGAGUAGCUUUUCAAAUUUGUGUUUCAUUGUCUUUUUGAUAAUUUCUUAUUCUUUCUUAAGUGUCAUGAAUGAGUAAGCACAUGUUUUUUUACAUUAUAAUAUUGUAAUGACGUUUUACUUGGGGAUAGACGCAAUUAAAAACUGUUCAUUUCAAGGCUAUCCCAUUUACAGAAGGACCCUGAAGCUCAUGAACGCAACAAAAUGAACAAUGAAAUAAAACUUUUUGUAUAAA